AUGGCUCCCGCCGCAAUACAACAAGAACAGUCAGCCGAGAUAGUCCCGAUCAAAUCAUGGAGUCGUCCUGCACCAACCGAAGAAAAGCUUGAUUGGGCUCCCCUGGUUGAAAUUGACUUAUCGCGAUUCGAUGAACCUGGUGGAAAGGAAGCGCUCGCGGAACAGUUAUACGAAGCUGUGACGAAAGUCGGAUUCUGGGUGGUGGUUGGACAUGGCCUUGGAGAGGAGCGCAUCCUCCGACAGUUCAGCAUCGGCAAUGCAUUCUUCAAAGAGCCUCUUGAAGAAAAGCGAAGCUUUCCCUGUAAUUUCGCCGAAGGUGAAUAUUUUGGUUACCGGGAGAAUAGCCGCUGGAUUGGAGAAACAGGAGUCAAGGAUAAUGUGGAAAUGCUCAAUAUUCCCAAGCCGAUUUCUGCUUGGGAGGAUGUUCCAAAGCACAGAAUUGUUCGCCAAAACUGGGAUGAGAUCGCGAACUUUCAUCGUGACCUUUUCGACAACGUUGUUCGGAAGCUGUUCGUCUUGCUUGCUAUCACUCUUGAGCUACCUGAAGACUACCUUGUCAACGCCCAUGCCUAUGAAAGGCGUUCUGAUGACCACUUGCGAUAUAUGAUCUACAACACCCGAACUCAAGAAGAAUGGGAUAAGGCACAGGGCUACACAAAAGGUGGCCACACAGACUUUGGUAGUCUCACACUACUCUUCUCUCAGCAUGUUGCUGGGCUGCAGAUCAGAACCCCAGAAGGCGCAUGGAAAUACGUGAAGCCUGUUGAUGGUGGAAUUACGUGUAAUAUCGCAGACACAUUAUCCUUUCUUACAAAUGGUUUUCUAAAAUCCACAAUUCAUAGAGUCGUCACACCACCAAGAGAUCAGCUUACCAUUCCUCGCCUUGGAUUACUAUAUUUCUGCAGGCCGGGAGAUCAUACGGUUAUGAGAACAGUGCCAUCCCCUCUGCUUGACCGUCUCGGUCUGCUUACUGAAGAGGAUAAAGACACGAGCAAGCCUGCUGCUACAGGAACAGAAUAUGUUCGUGCUCGGGUUCGUGAUGUACACCAUAAGACUGUUAUUGAUCGUCGGGAGAACACAUCGUUCGAGUUUAAAGGGUUGAAGGUACAGAAUCAUUAUGCAUAG